AUGGAAAACGUCUUUUUUCAUGAAGGAAUUAAGGAGAAUAUAUAUAAUGAACCAGAAAGAACUCGGCUUGGACAGGAUGAUCUCGAAGAAACCCUUGACAAACAUAAAAAGAUGGUAGAGGAGCUAAAUGAAGAGAAUUUUUAUGCAAUUUUAAAUAUUAGUAGAAAUGCAACAGAGUCACAAAUACGAGAAUCAUAUCAUCGGCUUUCCCGUGCGUUUCAUCCCGAUAAACACCAGCAUUCUGACUCAAAAGCAAUUUCUGAGGAGAAAUUUAGGCUAAUUCAGUAUGCUUAUGAGGUAUUGAUGGACCCAAGAAAACGAUGGAUUUAUGAUAUGUAUGGUGAAGAAGGGUUGAAAUUUACUUGGGACAUUGGAAAGAAGUUUAAGACCUCUGAAGAGGUUCUUGCAGAGCUCGAAAGACAAAUGCAUAGGAAAAAUCAACAAAAUCUUGAAAAUAUGGUAAAAUCUAGAGGACAUAUAAAUCUGGUAUUUGAUGCAUCACCAUUAUUUCAAGCAAUUCAAAUACCAACAUUAUCUCAUAUUGGAGUACUUUCUCAUUCAAGGAAAUUGAGUUUUUUUGAAAGAAUUAAGUAUACUGGUGUUUCUUCUAUUUUUAUGAAACAUUCAUUUUCUGUUCCACUUUCUUUUGGUAAUAAGGAUUUAUAUAUUAAUGAUAAUACUACAUUCACUCUCAUUGGGCAAAUGAUGUCUAAAAAUAAAAUAUCAGAAGCAAAUAUUAUAGGAGUUUUGCGUCAUGUUUACAGCGCAAAGUUAUGGUUUGAGACAGGUAUUUAUAUUCUUGAUCCUAAAUUAUUAUUUUCUAAACUUGUUUAUACUUUCAAUAGAGACUCAUUUAUGACAAUACAAACACAAUUUCCAACUUUUUAUGCACCACCUCAACUUAUCAUAAGUUCUGGAAAAAGAUUAACCCCACAGGGGACUGGAUUUGUAACUUUUCGAACAGGUUGUUGGAAUCUGGGGCAAUGGGGUUUAAAUAUGCCAUUUUCUACUCAAAAGUCUAGUUUCACUUUAGGUUGGCAAAAUACUUCAAAAUCGGGAUCUAGUGAAGGAUUUUGGAAUGUAGAAAUAACUGCUGGGGUUGCAAAUAGUGGAAUUUCAUAUGAGUGGUCAAGUAAUAUAAAAAAAGGUAGAAGUUCAGAAAGAUUAAAAUUAACAACAUCAAUUUCAACAAAUGGGAUUGUGCUUAGUGCAGGAACAUAUCGUAAAUUAGGGGAAGAUUCUAAUGCAGAGCUCGAUGUAUCUCUUACAUUACCGCAAGGAAUGAUAAUUUUAAAAAUAUUAUUUUCUAGACUUGGACAAAAAAUAGUUAUUCCAAUUGUAUUAUCUACUAAAUAUAGUCUUAAGGCUUCUUUAUGGGGAGUAAUAAUUCCUAUAAGUACUUUAGUAAUAUUAGAAACAAUUUACUUGAAACCUAAUCGAAUAAAAAAAAGAAAAGAAAAAAUAUUUGCAAUUAAGAAAGAAUAUCAGGAAUGUUUGAAUAUGAAAAAGAAAAAAGCUGAAGAGUUUUUGCAUCUUAUGUGCGAUAUGGUUCAUAAAAAACAAUAUUACGAAAAACAAAAAGAAGGGUUAUUUAUAAUUAAGGCGCUUUAUGGCGAUUUUACAACAGGUGAUGUAAUUGAUGUAACAAUUGCUAUAGCAGCUUUAGUCAAUGAUAGUCAACUUACUAUUCAUCAUGGUUUUUCUAAGUCUCAAAUUAUUGGAAUCUGGGAUCCUGCUUUUGGUCAAAAAAAAACCUUACGUGUAGAAUAUUCAUUUAAGGGAAGAGUUCAUUUUGUAGAAGUAGAAGAUAAGCAUGGUUUAAUUGCACCAUUAAGAGAACAUUUGGUUACUAAUAUAAAACAAAAUUAUCUUUAA